UAUGCUUGAGUUUCAGGUCCUCUCAUUUCAGAAUUGAAACCUCAGCUGUGGGGCAGGAGCCACUCUUGGGGGUUAUUUGCCUCUCAGCCCAGCCCAGCUCAGAGGGCUGGAUGAAUGCCACCCAUUCUGCUGCUGGCUGACUGAUCACAGGGAGGCCCUGAGCCAACCAGGGUGGACUACAGAAGACAUUUGUGAUGCAAGCGUUACCUCGGGAGAAGGGGCCCUGUGAACUCCCUGCCUGGAGUCCGGCCAGAGCAGCUGCCUUGCCCCAAGACCAUGCUGGCAAACCUGCUGGAUGCCAUCCCAAAUAGCUGCCAUUUGCUGUUGCUGCUGGUGGUGGUGCUUUUGUUGCUGUUCGCCGGUAACUGGGCUGCUGAAAACGUGAGAAUAUCCUGGGUUCCUCCUUGUCUCAAGAAGAAGCAGACCAAGCACCCAGCAGCGUGGAUAACACCUUUAGAAGGAGCAAGAGACAUCAGCACAGACACGGAAGUGAGAUGGAACACAAGCACAGAAUCGGGAAAGAGAUCGUGCGAGACCCUAAGCUUGCAUCGCACUCUGCACACCUUGGACAAGAACAUCCAGUAUCUCGCCUGGCAAAUGCAACGCAUCAGCGGCACGAUCUCGCGGACUCCAUCCAAUGUCUCCAUGGGGUCUGUCACCUCCAUCUGCAGCUGGGGCCAUUCCUCAGGAGGAGGAGGAGGAGGAGGAGGAGAUAUAGAGGAGGAAGAGGUCGAAGUUGACACCACCUGCUACAGCUGGUCAGCAGUGCCCCCCUCCCUGGCUCCUACCUCCCUGGACAAAGCAGCGGCAGCCCCAGCAGCUCAUCUCCCCAAACCCCCCAGGGUGGUCUGCCACCAGCCCCACCACCAACCCCACCACCAGCCCCACCCCUGCCCCAAGCAGGACUCCAGCCUGUACCAGAAGCGGCUGCAGGGGCAAUGGGGGAGCACCACGCCCUGCUCGGACUCCACCACCAGGCGCAUCUGCACCCCCCCUCCCUGGCACCCCACCAACAAACACCCCAGCGGCCCGGCCCACCCACCAAAACCGUCCAACAGGAUCGGCUUCCUAGACUACAAGUCCCAAGAGCUGCUCAACUGGCACGUCCACACCAAGCAACGCCAGAAGGAAGAGGAUGCAGUGCUGGCAAUGCUCUCUCGCCGGGACCCCAGCCCCAAAGGCAGGGCCUGGAUGGUCAGCCUCGAAGCUCCCAAAGGCGGGGUCCCUCAGUGGGCCGCCAGCCCGCAGCUGUCCACAGGCCAGAGGUCGCGCAGCCGCACGCCCCCUCAGCCCCACCCGGCAGGCCGCCAGAGCCCGCCCAAGACCCUCCACGUGCGCAGUCCGUGCCCCAGGCCCCCCACGCCGCCCCGGGAAGAGCUACUGACUCCCCCCAUCCUCGUAUGCAAGACCAUGAGUCACAGCAGCCUCCGGGGCCUGGCCAUGGGCGAGGUGGGCAGCGAGGCUGCCAAGGAGGGCCUGGAGACUCUCCUUGGCCUCUUCGGCCCUGGCAAAAGCCCCCUGGCCAAGGAGCUGAGCAGACCCGGGACCCCCAAGGAGAAGGAGAGGGAUGUCGGGGGCAGUCGGAGGCCCCACAGCAACCCCAAGGAGACCAGAGCCGCCAGCCCGAAGGCCAGAGCUGCCAGCCCAAAGGCCAGAGCCGCCAGCCCAAAGGCAAGGGCCGCUAGCCCGAAGGCCAAGCCCUUGGAGAUCGAGAUCAGCGCCACCCUGGACCGCAAGGUGCGCCGCCUGAGCUGGGCCGACGCCACUGCACCCGAAGCCCCCAGGCCGCUGGCAAUCCGCGACGUGAUGAGCACCACCCGCCCACCAGUCCUGGACCCGUUAUUCAUGUGCCAGACGCAGUUGGAGAUGCCCUGCUUGGCCCUGGGCCCAGCCAAGGUGCAGCAGGAGGUGUGCCAGCCUGCUGUGCCACCCGGCAAGACCCCGUGCCUGGCCCACGCCCUGGUGGAGUCGCUGGACCAGGACCAAGCCGUGCAGGACCUGCACCAGGCCCUGGCCAAGGGGCUGGGGAAGGGGCGCGGCCGGCCGUGCGUGGAGUACCCCGUCUGCCUGCUUUGCGGCCGCUGCACCCCCUACUGCCCCCACCCGCCCACGCGGUACAGCCCUUCCCUGGUGGUCUACCCCCGGCUGAGCGUGCGCGAAGGCGAGGUCCACAUGGGCCUGGGCUUCUUGCUGAAGAUCAAGCGCUCCGAGGCCAACGAAUGGGGGCUGGUGUGCAAGCCGGACGCCUCCCGGACGCGCCCGGGCAAAGAGGGGCUGCCCUCCAAGCCGGACAGGAGCAAGGGCAAGCGGCGGAAGAGCAAGGCAGCCGCCCCCCAGCCUCGGGACCCAGAGAAGGUUGUCCGCGUGCACAGGCAGCAGUCGGCAGAGAGGCUGGACAUGAGGCCUAAAAACCACGGCCGGAGCAUCCCAAAACCCGUCCCGCCACCGAAAAUGAAGCCCGAGCCGGAACUCCGAAUGCCGGCCCCCAGCACGGUGCUUGCCGUGCCCCCCAAGAAGCGCCCCAACAUCCUGAAGCGGCUGCUUCUCUGCAUCAAGAACGUCUGGGCGAAGGUGCGAGGCAAACCUGUCAAGCCCCCCAAGAGGCAGGGCUCCCCGCCUGCCCUGCCCAAGUCCCCCGAGAGGCCGUGGUCCCCUUCGUCCUCCCCCGACGACUCCAAGCCCCCAAACCACGAGGGGAUCUUGCUCCACAGGCAGGACUCUCUGCUCACAAAUAUAAAUGCCUUGGAGCCCAGCCCCAGGCAAAGUUCCCGGAGGGUGUCCCUGCAGCUCGGCACGCCCAAGGCGCCACGGAGCCCCCAAAAGUCCGGGGCGCUGAAGAAAUUGUCCAGGCAACCCUCCCCGGUGCAAUUCAAGAAGGCCUCGUCCAAGCAGAAAUCCCACAGAAGCAGCGCGCCCUAAGGGCCUCGGCAAAGGCACUCAGCCCGCUUGCCUUGGCGCAGAAAAGGCUCCGUGGCCAGAGGGCUGGGGAAGGGACUCUCCCGCAGGGACCUUUGCUUUCCUUAUCCUCCUCCAGAGGCGGGACACAGCUGGUCUGUGUUGCUUCAUUCCAGGCUGCAAAUAAAUUGGCUGGACGUUUA